AUGCCUACCAUUUCAGUUAACAAGAGGCAAUUGUUUGAGGCCUUGGGCAAAAACUACACCAAUGAAGAAUUCGAUGAAUUAUGUUUUGAAUUUGGUGUUGAAUUAGAUGAAGAUACCACUGAAGAAGCUUUGAAGACAGGCGAGGAACCAGAAUUGAAAAUUGAAAUCGGUGCCAACCGUUACGAUUUACUGUGUAUCGAAGGUAUCGCUCAAUCUUUGAAUGAAUUUUUGGGUAACGUUGAAGCUCCAGAGUAUAAGUUGAGCAAACCAACUACCAAGUUAAUCAUUGAAGAAUCUACAACUCAAAUUAGAAGUUACGCUUGUGCUGCCAUCUUAAGAAAUGUUACAUUCACCGAAGCCAACUAUGCAUCGUUCAUUUCUCUUCAAGAUAAGUUACACUCAAACUUGUGUAGAAACAGAACUUUAGUUGCCAUUGGUACACACGAUUUGGAUACCAUUAAAGGUCCUUUCCACUACAGAGCUGAAAAGCCAACUGACAUCAAGUUUGUGCCCUUAAAUCAAAGUAAGGAAUACGAUGGUGCAGAGUUAAUCGAAUUGUACAAACAACCAGAACAAAAGAACAACUUGGGCCGUUUCGUUCACAUUAUCGAAGAUUCCCCUGUUUUUCCUGUCAUCUACGAUGACAAUAAUGUCGUUUGUUCUCUGCCUCCUUUGAUUAACUCUGAACACUCUAAAAUUUCUCUGAACACCAAGAAUAUUUUUAUCGAAGUUACUGCAACCGAUAGAACCAAGUCCGAAGUUGUCUUGGACCAAAUCGUUGCUAUGUUCUCCCGUUAUUGUGAAGACCAAUUCACCGUGGAGCCAGUGGAAAUUGUUUCUGAACACAACAAUCAAUCUAGAGUAACCCCAAAUUUCACUCCAAAAAUUAUGGACGUCAAGGUCGAUUACAUCAAUUCUUGUCUAGGCCUAACCUUAUCCCCAGAAGAGAUCUCAAAGAACUUGAAAAAGAUGUCGUUGAAAGCUACACCUUCCUCUGACGACCAAAACAUCUUACAUGUUGAAAUUCCAAUUACGAGAUCUGAUAUUUUACAUCCUUGUGAUAUCAUGGAAGACGCUGCUAUCGGUUACGGUUACAACAACUUACCAAAAGGCAAUCAAUUGUCUAAUGCUAACUUCGUUGCAUCUGCGUUACCUAUCAACAAAAUUUCAGACAUUCUAAGGAUUGCUUCCUCUCAGGCUUCAUGGUUGGAAGUUUUGCCAUUGACCUUAUGCUCUCAUGAUGAAAACUUUAAAUUCCUAAGGAUGGAAGAUGAUAACACAAAGGCUGUAAAAUUAGCUAACCCAAAGACUUUGGAAUACCAAGUUGUCAGAACUAGUUUAUUGCCAGGUAUUCUAAAAACUGUUAAGGAAAAUAGAAAGCACUCUUUACCUAUCAAAGUUUUUGAAGCCGGUGAUGUUGUUUUCAAGAAUGAUAAACUAGAAAGAAGAGCAUUCAACCAACGUCAUUGGGCCGCCGCUUAUGUCGGAAAAACUGCCUCAUUUGAAAUUAUUCAAGGUUUACUAGGGAAAAUUAUGCAGACUUUCAGAACUCAAUGGCUACCUGAUUAUGGUGCGGGAUCCACUGGCAGAGGUUACUGGAUUGAAAAAGAUGAUACCCUCACUACCUACUUCCCGGGUAGAGGUGCAAAGAUCAUGUUCAGACACAAAGAAGGAGAAGAAGCUAGGCAGAUCGGUCAUAUUGGUGUUUUACAUCCUGAAGUAAUGUCCAACUUCGACAUUCCAUAUGCCGGUUCUUACGUUGAAAUCAAUUCAGAAGCUUUCUUAUAG